AGAAGACCCUUGUCUCAGCUUUUUCUAAGAAGAGAGAGAGAGAGAAAAGAGAAGAAAAGCAAGCAAAGCUAUAGAGAAUUAGAGGAACAUACACUUGGGUACAGAUGAAUUAAGGGGAGGACUAGAGGAGAGAGAAACAAGGGGAUAUGGGUCGACCGCCCUGCUGUGAUAAAUUAGGAGUGAAGAAAGGGCCAUGGACUCCUGAAGAAGAUAUAAUGUUAGUCUCAUAUGUUCAAGAACAUGGUCCUGGGAAUUGGAGAGCUGUUCCUACCAAUACAGGGUUGCGUAGAUGCAGUAAGAGUUGCAGGCUUAGAUGGACUAAUUAUCUCAGGCCGGGGAUUAAAAGGGGUAACUUCACAGAUCAUGAAGAGAAAAUGAUAAUCCAGCUUCAAGCCCUUCUGGGAAACAAAUGGGCUGCAAUAGCUUCUUACCUACCGGAGAGAACAGACAAUGACAUUAAAAACUAUUGGAAUACCCACUUGAAGAGGAAGCUCAGGAAGCUUCAAACAGGUUCUGAUGGUCACUCUACAGAAGGAUUUUCAUCUUCACACUCAAUCUCCAGAGGUCAGUGGGAGAGGAGGCUUCAAACUGAUAUUCACAUGGCCAAACAAGCCCUAAAUGAUGCUCUGACACUAGAGAAACCAAGUCUUGUAACUGAAUUGAAGCCAUCUAAUGGUUUUUAUUCUUACACUAAACCAAACCAACCAUGUUCUUCCUAUGCAUCAAGCACUGAGAACAUUGCUAGAUUGCUCAAAGGAUGGAUUAAACCUAAGGCUGAGCAAAUAACAUCUUCAAGUGAAGGGACACCAAGUGUUGAAAGCAAAAGUACUGGGAUUGAUUUAUCUGAGGCAUUUGAAUCACUCUUUGGUUUUGAGUCUUUUGACUCAUCAAAUUCUGAUUUGUCUCAGUCUACUUCUCCUGAGGCUAGUCUCUUCCAGGAUGAGAGCAAACCAGAUCACAGUGCCCUAGGCCCAUUUUCAAUGCUUGAGGAUUGGUUGCUUGAUGAGAGUGCAGUUCAUGGAAAAGAAGAUUUAAAUGACUUCUCAUUUGAUGAUACUACAAGUUUGUUUUAGAGGGAUUAUUAUUGUUAUUGAGCUUUUCUGAUUGGUUCAUCUUUUGUAUCACUUUUGUUCCAGGCCUUGACAUAACUGUUUUUCUGUUCCAUGGCCUGAUAGGAAUUAAUUUGUGGUCUCUUUAUUGCUUAAACAGUGUAAAUCACAUUGUUAGGCUAAUUAUGAAGUAAAUGAGAAUAAAUUCAUGCUCUCAUCUCCUUAUUUUCCUUUCUUUUUGUC